UCUACUCUGGUUUCCCUUCAAAACGCGUAUCUAUGAUUAUUUCCAAGAAUUAAACUAUAUCUUAACCUGCAAAUUUUAUAAUACCUUAAAUAUACUAUAAGUACUACUGCAUAAUUAUUAAUAUUAUAUGAAUAUAAAGUAAUUCGCAACGAAAAAAUACUAUAUUAAAGUAUUAUUGAACGUAUUUUAACUAUAUCAUCAACCAGAUUGUUAUUGAACAAUGGCCGAAGAAAUCCAAAAAAAGUUACAAAAGGAGUUAGAAGUUUUAAGUGGAGUGCAAAAAGAAUAUCAUAAGGCUGUAGCCCAGAAACAACAGUUAGAUAGUCAAUUGAAUGAAAAUAAAGCGGUAAAAGAAGAAUUAAUGUUACUAAAAAAAGACGCUGAAGUGUUUAAACUCAUUGGUCCUGUAUUAGUAAAACAAGAUUUAGAAGAUGCCAGGCAAAAUGUUGCUAAGCGCAUGGAAUAUAUAAGCAAGGAAAUUAAAAGAACAGAUAAUCACAUUGCAGGACUAGAAAAUAAACAGGAAUCAUUGCAGGAAAACCUUAAUAAAUUAAGAAAUGAUCUUGGAAAGCUUAAAAUUAAAGCUUAAUAUCAAAUUUUUAACAUGUUUAAUAUAAUGAUUGCAGCCCUAUAUUACUUAUAUCUGUUUCGUAUUUAAUGUAACUAAUAUAAAGUUAAUAUUACUUAUUAACAAAAUUAAA